AUGGCGAGGCUUCGACACUCGAGAGUUUCGAAGAAGGUGAAGCUGUGGGUCCUCGGCACCAAGAAGGAGGACAGAGUCUACCUGGGCCCUAGGCUGGUGCAGGCAAUGGACGAGGACCCCCAGCAGCGGCACGAAGCCAAGAAGGUCUUGUUAGACGACUUAGUCAAGGAAGACGGUGCCGAGAGAGUCGUGAAUGCGCUGAAGGGCGUUCGAGGUACCGUGACGAUGCAGGAGGCAGUGUCGAAGUGGAGAGAGUUCAUGAGAGGCAUCUACAGGAACCCUGGCGAGGGACCAAAGAAGUGGGUCUCGAGGUUCGACAUUCAUCUCAGCAAGAUAGGCAAGGCCCUCCACGCAGUGUGCAAUGACAUCCCAGCGACGGGCUUCAUGCACGAGUUCGUCCUAGGGCUGAUCUUGCUAAAUGGUACAGGCCUGGAUCCAUCCGAGCAAGCGGCAGUGCUAGCGACAUCUGGUCCUAAAGGCAACUCGUACAUGUACCAGGACGUGAAGAAGGCGCUGGCAGAGCAAUGGUCCGAAGAGCAGUUGGCUGCCAGAGAUAAGCAAAACGGGUACAAGUCCAGAAAAGGAGGGCACGCAAUCUUCGAGGACCCGGAGCAGAUAGACGAGCUGACCGCAUACGCGGAGGAGAUCUACGACGAGGCCUACCAGGACGGCUUCGGAGAGGCCACCGACCUGAUGGAGUCGGCGAUGGCAGCCGCCGAGGAGCUCGUGACGGCGACGAUCGGUGACCCCCCGAUCGCAGAGGAGAAUCCUGGACAAGACGAAAGUCUAGCGGCGGCUGUACUUCCCGGAGAAGAGCGAGCUGACGAGUGGACGGAGACGGCGUUCGCCGCCUCUCGCACGUUCCUGGAGGCUCGGAAGCUCAUCAACGAGGUGAAGAACGCGAGAGGCUACUUCCCAGUGGUCGGACUGGGAGCGUAUGAUGCCAGGGCGUUCAACAGCUUCGUGGGUGCUCUGGAGCACAUCAUGGAGUUUGACAACUUCGUGGGCACGUGCACCGAGGAGCAGAUCCUGGCGAAGGAUGACGGCAACUCCGAGGACGGCACGUUCAUCGGCUUCAGCCUUGACGAGUGCAAGGGCUACGCACUUCUGGACGGCGGGGCGUCCAGGUCCGUAGGCGGUGUUGAGCAGCUGGAGUACCUGAACGAGCACUUGCAGCGCCCGAUGGAGGUGAACCAGGGGGCGGGCCUGGGCUUCUCGUUCGCUGGUGGCGACCGGGCUGACGCUCCCUCGAAGGUCUCGUUUCAGGUCCACAACCUCGACAACCAGACAGUCGAGAUCUACGUGCUAGACCGCCCGCCCCCCAUCCUACGGGGAGUCGACAUGCUGAAGAAGCUUGGACUAGUGAUCGACUAUGAGCGGAACACGGUGUACUCCCGGAGGCUCAAGAAGGAGAUUCCCACACGGGUGCUGGCGUCUAGCCACCUUGCCUUGGACUUGACGGUGCUGAGCGACACUGGCUCGGGGACGAACGCACACGUGGAUCAGACCAAAUGCAGGGACUGCGGAGAGAUCCUGUUCAAGUCCAUCUUCGCGAAGCCGCAGGACGAGCAGCUCAGCCUCUGCACCAAGUCGCGCGAGCACUUCCAGCGGUUGGAGGCGACGGGGCACGCUCAACCACGAGUUCGCCCCUCCUGCAACCCGGACAUGAACUACACGGACAGCACCUCAGAGAGCGAGCCGACUACCAUGCGAAGCACCCCACAGCCUACGUCAAGCCGCCUGCUGCCGAGCAGACUGUCGUCGGAGGUCAUCAGGACGCUCUCGGAUACAGAGGUGCAGACGAUCAUCGAGGAGGGUCUCAUUCAGACUUCAGCCUCGUCCAAACCGGACGUCAAGAUCAAGGUGGAGGAGAUGAUCGAUCCGCCGAGGGCAAUGAAGCAGCAGGGCGUUCCAGAACCGAUGGUCAGCCAGAGUGCUUACGGAAUUCCAGUGCCCGAGGAUCUUCCAACUCCCUCAGGCGGAGCUAUGAAGCUGGUCCAGGCGUUGAUGGAGAAGAGGCCACGGAAGGUAUGGUUCUCACCUCCUUGUGGUGCGGAGAGCCCCAUGCAGAACCUGAACCCCAUGACCGAAGAAGCGCAGAAGAAGCUGAUCAAAACUCGAAAGAUUCAGCGCAACAUGGCGUGGGCGAUCACACCACUUCGAGAGGCUGGAUUCUGUGACAUCUACCUGGAGCAGACAGGGAGAUGCAGAUCAUGGACAGGUAACUUCAAGAGCCUCAAGCAGGAGCUGCAUGGAGGGACUCGUGUGGCGCUAACGGCGAACUAUCCAGUGAACAUGUGCAAGAAGAUAGCGAAGCACUUCAUGAAGAAGAUAACGUCCGACGAAGCCCUCUCGUAUCUAGUCAAGGGCUGCACGAAGAAGGAGCUCAAGGACAUGGAGGCCAUCAUCGCGCACCUGCACCGCAACUUCGGACACUGCAGCUUGACGACAGUUGAGGCCGCUCUCAAGACUCGACAGGCCGACAAGAAGCUGGUCGAUCUAUGCAAGCACUACGAAUGUCAUGGAAUCGAAUGGCGACCAGAACCUGGAGAAGCUCACUGGCGCAUGGGCGUGGUCGAGAGAUUCAUAGAGACGAUCAAGGAGAUUGCGACUCGGAUGGCCUGGGAAGUUCCGGACGACAUCGAGCCGCAGGAGAUCUUCACGUGGGCGUGCGCCGCUAACAACGACCUGAUGAGGCACAACGGUUACAGUCCACUUCUGCUCCUCAUGGGUCGCACUCCGGCUGGACAUGGUCUACAAGAUGAGGAUAAUCCCUCCACUCUCAGCGCAGAGGUGAAGGAAGAUCAAUUUCAGAAGCUCGUGCUGAACAAACGGACGGCGUACAAAGCCUGUGUAGAACACUACCUGUCCGAGAAGACGAAGAGAGCGCUGCUAGCCAAGACGCGACCGUUCAAGAUCUGGGAGCCUGGCGAAAAGGCACACUACUGGAGGAGCGCCAAGGGUAACAGCCAAAAGACGAAGCAAGGAAUGUCUGGACGCAUCCAUGGUCCAGCUACGGUGCUGACGCAAGAGCGCGAGGUCAAGAACGGAGUAGCAGGACGUCGCGGAGUUGUCUGGCUUGUGGAUGGCGAUCGACUGGUACGAGCAGCAGCAGCGCACCUGCGCACCGUCACGAAGGCAGAGCAGACACUGGAGAGUAUUUCGGCCGGCAGCUCAGACCAGUUCCAGAAGCUAGACCAGAUGAAUGGCAUGACAUUCCCGAAGGUGAAGAUGGACCGGAUGGAGAUCAAUACCGGGAACCACCUCGUGACCACGGAGAUCACCUCUUCUCUGAGGCAGGCGACAAACAUGGACAGGAUCACGAAGAAGAAGAUCUACGAGGAGGACCAGCAGAAGUUCCCGAAGAACCAGGAGGAGGACCUGACCGACCUGCCGACAGACCUCAAACCGAAGUUCCCUGGGCGAAGCAGGAAGACCGUCGGAUACUCUACGGAGGACACAGCAGGGCUCGCAGCACUGGUGGGCUUCACGAUAGACGAGAAGGACCUAGGCCAGCUGGAGAAGAAUCCAGAGAGAAUGCUGGCAGCCUUGGUGAAGCAGAACAAGGUUGAGGUCAAGCUGAAGGAUCUCACACCGGAGGAGAAGAAGCAGUUACCGUUCGCCAAGGUGAACGAGAUCAAGUCGUUCCUGAAGUAUCGCGUAUGUGAGGCGGCCAGUCGCGCUGGUGUACAUCCCGGAGCGUUAAUGAAAAUGCGCUGGGUCAUUACCAAGAAGGAGACAGGCGACCUCAAGGCACGCCUGGUGGUCCUUGGCGUUCCACACAUCAGCGCCGAGCUGUCAUUGCUACUAGCCUACACGAACACGGCGACGAUCAACACCCUGAUGCAGGCGAACAAGCUGGUCAGGAGAGCACGAGUGGAAGCGGUCAAGGAGCUGAUCAUGGAGAAGCACAUUAAUCCGUGUCUGGUGGGGUCGGAGAGCAGCGCGCUGGGCAUGAAGGACAAGAGGAGCGCGCUAGAGGCCCUGGCACUGAAGAGAGGUAUGGCAGCUAUGGCGAAAUCACUACGCUGGUGUUAUAGUGGCGCCCAGCUCAGCGACUGCAUGACGAAGAACGCGGAGAAAUCCCGGGCGAGCUACAACCUCUGGCAGCAACGGGGUACCUGGAAGCUGAUCUACGAUUCCAACUUCAUCUCAGAGAAGCAUCGGAAACAAAAGGGUUUGGACACGCUUGAGACGAGCUUUGCAGUGAAUGCAGACGAUGCGUGGCAGCUCUUCCCUGACUACAUGGAGAUCGAGGACACUGACCUGGACAUUGCGAGUGACUUUCGUCACCCUGGACUGCGACAGCAGAUGAUGCAAGAUGCGACGCCUCAAUGA